CUGACAGGAAAUGGAAGACUCGAAUUUCCAGUUGCCAACUUUUUCCUCCGUGAAAUUCCUGAAGUUUGUGUCUUUUGUUUGUGUGUUUGGACUAAGAAUGAGUGGAUAUCUGCCAUUAUAAUAGGCAAAAAGAGCUCCUAACCGCCGGGACACAGUGUGAGACAGCCGGCAGACUGAGAGCGGGAGAUGAGAGCCGCCUUUCGGACAUUUUCCAGCUUCUUCUGCAGGGAGUGAGCUCCUGAUGGAAGGGACGGGGAGAUAACAAGGAGGAGCUGAAGGAGCUAGCAGGCUGUUAUGUGGCAAAACUGUCUUCUACUUCUCUGACAAAGACAACUCUUGAGCUGUGUUUAUAUUCUGUGAUGGAGGGGGAGAAGGAGAGACAGCGGCAGCAGGGGGAGGAGAAGGAGAGCAACGAGGCGGAGGACGACCGGAGGAGUGAUGAAGACGCCGACAAUGAGGAAGAGGAGGAGGAGGAGGAUUCAGAGUGUGCGGCGAUGGUGUGGCAGGAAGGCUACGGCGAGGACAACCUGGGCCUUCCCAUCAUGCACUGGGAGGCACUGAGCCUGCGCAUCGCUGAGCUGGAGAAGCAGGAGGAAGAGAAUAAGGAGAAGAGGGCAAAGAGUGGAGUUUCUCUGGAGCGAGGCAGAGCUCCGGUCAGCUGGUCGGAGGAGAGAGGGAGGAGGUCAGAGAGCUGGGCGGAGGAGAGAGGGAGGAGGUCAGAGAGCUGGGAGGACGGGGACGACGCCUGCAACAGCCACGUGCUGGCUCUCACCUCCAGGCUGCAGACCCAGAUGAACCUUCAGCUGUGCUUCAUCAACGACAGUGAGAGUGAGGAGGAGGAGGAGAAGGAGAGCGACAUCAGUAAGGAGAGCAGCACACGGAGAGGGACGGUGCAGGUCCAGAAGAAUCCUCAGCCUGCUGCCAAGCUGGAGAAACCAAAGUCCAGAGGCUUCCGGAACACUCUGAGGAACCUGAGGGACAGACUGAGAACGGACCACAAGACCCUGGCUGCAGCUGGUAGUGAUCCUGAGGUCCAGAGAAGACAUGUGGAGCGCAGUGAUUUAGAGAACUUCAGUCUAAAGGACCUGAAUGCUCUCUGUACGUCUCUCAGCAAAACCAUACAAGACCUGAGCUCAGACCUGGUGGGCCGCCUGCAGGCGCGGGACCAGCUGAGGACGGAGCAGGACGCCAUGCUGCUGGAGGUCCAGGAUCUGACGUCACUGUGAACCCCCCCCCCCCCCCCCCCAUCACUCCCAGUCUUUAUGUCCCACAAACAUUUGUGUGAGAACAUUGCUGAGAACCAGACGGUGCCACAGUGGCUCCACAAACAUCUCAGUCAGCCCCGCCCCAUGUGGGUCUGACCAGCCAAUCACUGUGAAGAGUGUCCCUCCCUGAAAGACAUUCACUUGCAUUCAUAUGUUAUCAUCUCCUUUUUUAAUUUAUAAAGGGAUUUAUGUCUCACACACCAGAAGUGGUUUAAAACUCCCAUGCGACAGAACCAGCUUGGUAUGGUCGUCAUGGUAACCGUGUCAGAGCCGUAUGGUACGGUCAUUAGCAUCAAAGUGAAUGGGACAACACCCUUAAAGGAACAAGCUGCAAUAUUUCUUGGGAAAUAUGCUUUUCCUGCUCCGAGUCAGAAAAUAAGUUCUAGUUUCAUCUCCUCUUCCUCCGCAUACGGUCUGAUUAUUCCGACACUUCUUGAAUGCAGCACAGAAGCCCUAUCACGCAGAAGUGAAACAACCUUUUGGAGGGUGGGUUCUUCCUUGGCCCCUGCUACACCCUUCCACCAUGUUUCUUAAAAAUCGGGGCUUUAGUUUUUCUGACAUCCAGCUAAAAACAUCACCUCCUGGGUGGAGGGACAAAUGCAAAGGGAAACAUUUCAAUAGAUUUUGCACAUGAAAAAUGCACAUCCAGUCAGAGCCGUAAUUGUACACUGCGCUCUAUUUAAUUGAACUGUUGUGCACCUGGUCAGCAUUGGAGUCUCUCUGAUAAAUCUUGAUGAGAGGCUGUUGUGUUUGACGUUGGAUCUUAAUUGAUAUUUUUGUAAUUGUUUACAGAGUAACUCAAUACAUGUGGACAAGGAAUGUGGCGAUGCAGUUUAGUAACGUCCUCACACAGACACCGAUUUUUGCUAGCAGAAUGUUUAAAAAUAAAGAACCCCCCGAAAGUGUUUGCUUUGAUUUUAGAGAAACACAUACGAUCUGACUCUCCUAGUUGCUAUCACGUGUAACUGCAGACUCUGAGUUGUAACAUGAGGGGGCUCUUUCAUCAACGAUAAAUGUUUAUCUAAAAACUGCAAUUCAAAAGGGACUUUUGUUAAGAAGCUGCUAGUUCUGCAAACCGAACAAUGUCUUUAUUUUGUGUUGUCGUGUUCUCUGAAUGUUUUCAGAUUUCGUUUUUUUAAGGUGUUUUUAAAUCUUUGUGUAGGCUUUUUAAGGGGACUUAAUAAAGAACUAAAUGUGGUCUAAUGUACAUCAAAUGAAGCACAUUUUUAAGUGCUUGUCUUUGGUAUGUAAGGUAAGAUAUUUUAAUCUUUUUUUAAUCCAAUCACCUAGUUUUGGGACGGUCUUGGCACAAGUUUUUGAUGUUUUGUUUUGUUGUCGCUGUUAAACUUCCAUUAAAUACUUUAUGUACACACAGCAGCUAUCUCAUGAUGUGCUUCACAAGUGAACAUUCACCUUAGCCUAACAGAACAAGAAAUAUUAACAAAGUAGAAGCUAUUUAAUUUAAACAAAUGUAUUAUGUUGAAUUUGCCAUGGGAACAAUUAUAGGACAGCUAAUGUUUACCCCACAAGAAACCAGCAAUGUUUUAAUAUCAGCAGCAUUUAUUCUGCUUCUAUACAAAGCACCAAUAUUGUGGACCACGUGGCUGGUAUUUCAAGUUUCUAAGGGCUAUGACGCAGUUAGAAUCUGUUGGCCCCCAACAGCUGAGUCAGCGUAGUGUCUGGCUUUAAUAGAUGUGGGUGGACAUCACUCCCUUUCAUUAUUUUGGAAACAGAAAUUCAUUUAUUUAAUUCCAGUCUCAUUCUUGUACUCAGUGUUUACAUUGUUUUUAUGCAUGUCAAUUUGCUAAAAAAUAAGUGUAAAAACCGGAUCCUAUUAACAUUCUUGUUCUAUUUUCAAACUAAUGUAAAGAAAAACAUGAAUCCUGUCACCCAGUCUUGUAUUAAUCUGUGUAUUGAGAAAUCAUUGAUUGAUUGCACGAUCUAAUACUGUGUUAUUCAUUUUGAUAGUGGUUCAACUAUUUUGUUUACAUUUGAUCAUGGAUUGAGCCUUUUAAAUAAAGUAUUAGUCCAUCAGUUUCAGAGAACAA